UGUACGAGGUGGAGGCGCACGAGCGCUCGGUUCAUCUACGUUACGUCUACCCGUGGCCCGGCUGUUUUGGCGCUUGAGGAGCGUCCUCCGAUUCCGACCUCGAAGUCGGCGCGCAAAAACACACCGAUACGUAACGAGCUCGUGUGUGCAUCACCGUAACACCGUGCACUCUGUGUGUUGGUUGAAGCAAAAAAAAACGUUUGUAGUGUCGAGAUUCUGGAGCACAGACUCCGUGCGUGCUCAUGUGUGUGUGUGCUUUUCUCAGUGAAUCUGUUUCGCAAAUUUGUUGACCGUGAGUGGACAGGCAAGCGUAUAGAACGGUUUUGCAAAGUAAAACUACAAAACAAAAACACCAAAUUAACCGACGCGUCCGAUUGCGUCGUCGCGUGUGAGUGUCUGGCGGCGUGUUUUGUAAUCAGCCGCCGAGUGUGAGGGAGCGAAAGGAAAGGAGAAAAAAACGAAUCGAAAACUAACGUUCAUCGCAGCAGUGAAAACUCGUACAUCCAAACCAACGCUGUGCCCGUUCCUGGCGAGACGGAGAGUUUUUGGUGGGGGGGCAAGCUGUACCGAACAUUUUGCCAUCAGUUCACAUGCGAACAAACAAACCGAAAGCUCCCCAAAAACAAUUGUACUCGCGUGUGUGCCUGUGUGCAGAAGUGAACCGUUUAUAACCGAUUUGAAAGUUGUUGUUACCGCAAAGUGACAAAACCAUCACAAGCUGACAUACGCUCCCGCUGGCCGGGACAAAACGCCCACAGCGAGGCGGGAAAAGUUUACCCCAACCUUGCCAAACCGCCCAGUGUUUGGUUGCAGUUUGUGCCUGGAGCACCACUGAAAAAAAAAACAGAGGAGAGAAAAGUUCUGCUGACCAACCGCACAAAUGCAUUCCCCAGCAUUUCCCAGCGCGCUGCAACGCUCGACGAUGCGCUAAUGUGUGCGCUAGUGUCACGCCUGCCGGGUGGUUUCUAUUAAUAAAGCGAUGAAGCAAACGCUCCUGCUGCUGAUGAUCAUGAUGGGCGCGAAUAAAAUAAUGCCGACCGGCGCAUCCGUGUGAAUCCGUUGGUAAGUUGGUAACCGUGUGUCACCGCCGUGUUUGCCGAAUUUCCGCGCGCGAAAGUGCGUGAAGGCCGUGUGCAAUCGCAGUAGGACGGACGGUGAAGUACCGCAGAAGUAUCGGAAGUGUAAAAGUGUGCCCAUUAGUUGAUAUUCUGUGCUAAGAAGCUCAAGUAGGGGCAGUGUGUGUGUGUGUGGAGCUAAUUUAUUGUGGUGCAUUCUUUCUCGCGGGAAAGCAAACGAAGCAAAUGUAAAAAAAAAACCUAGGCUCAUAAUAAGUGUCCGUUUUCGUAUCCAUUUGUGCUGCGUAAGUGUGUGAGUUUGGUGUGAGCAGCAGAUUACAUAAGCACCAAGGAGUGUGGUUGGGGCCAAGGUGGCCAGGAGUUGCAUCGCAAAAUCGUGGUGCGUUUAAAAUAUUGUGCUCGUGUGCUGGCGCUGGCGCGCACGUAAAUCUGUCCACACCUCGUCUGGGCGCUUUAUCGGCGUGUGGUGCGCGAACGAAGCCGGCUUCACUUUCACGCGUUUCCAAGUGUCUUGCAUUGCGAGAAGAUCAAGAACACUAGGCGUAGUGUGUGUGUGUGUGUGUGCGUGUUUUUGUGCAGUGAAAAACGUCGCUCCGUGUGUGGUGUUCAGGCGUGGUGAAGUUCCGCAGUUCUCCGUCCGCGGUAAAGGUUAGCUUUUGAAGGUGUGCGGGCGUGUAUGUGCCAGUGUUUAGUGUGCCACACGCUAGUGCUAGCAGGUGGGAGCCGGGUGGUGGUGGAACAAACAAGGUGCGCACAGCCAUAAUGCCCGCCACAUCGUACGUGCGCGUACACCGGAAGUCGCUGUACUAUGCGCGCCCCGAGCGGGCCACCCUCUACGACAGCACCGAGGAGGACGUUCGCAGUGUGUGGGACGCUUCGUCCCAGGAGGGUGACGAGAGCGGUGGGAAGGAUGCGGCCGAGGAUGAGCUGUUGCUGGCCGAGCGACCGCAGCCACUGGUAGAGCGGCCCGCGACCGGUCGUGCCGAGCUCAGUCGGCAGUUGAUGGCAGAUGUGGCCACCGUUAAUCUUUGGGCGUCCGUGCUGGAGCUGGUGGGUCGGGUUGAGGCACGCCGUACGGAACACAUCCGCCAGGGCAUCGGGCUCACCGCCGACGGGCUGUGCUGUCCGAUCUGCGAGGGUGUGCUGCGAUACCCGGUCACGGCGACCUGCGGCCACACGUUCUGCCGGCAGUGUUGCUUCGGGCAUGGGCGCUGCACGGUGUGUGGACAGCGGUUUCCCUCCGUCGCGGGAGCGGCGGCUGCAUCCAGCAGUGCGCCCGUUGCAUUUACGUCCACUCCGUCCGCCUCCGUCUCGUCCGCUUCCGGCUCCUCCUCGUCGUCCUCGGCGACGGUGACGUCCGGGUCGUUCCGAGCGCUACCGGCCCCGGAGGAGGGAAGCGAGCUGGCACCGGCGGCGAGCGUUGGGUUCGAGCUGGACAUUCUCAUCCGGCGGCUGGUGGAGCGGUGGUGGGCACCGGAGCUGAAGGCGGCCGAUCUGCACGAGGAAGCGCAACGCCAUCUGGAGGACAACUCGCUCGACGAGGCCCUGCGCUGCUGCAAUCAAAGUCUCGAGCACGUGCCCAACAGUGCCAAAGGACUGCAGCUACGGUCGGAGGUGCUGCACCGGUUGCACCACUACCAAAGCGCGCUGGCCGAUGCGGACAGUGCGCUCAAGUGUCUACCCACGUCCCACAAGGCUCACUAUUGCCGAGCCAAAUCGCUAUCAGCACUGGGCAAGUACGAGGAAGCCAUCAUAGCCCGGUGCCUAUCCAUCUUCCUAGACCGACAGUCACAGGCCAUACCAAGCGGAAUCAAAUCAGAACUGAUGCAGGAUCUGCAGCAACUACUUUUCGAGCCCGCAUCGGUCGCAGGCUCCCGUGGCGCUCUCAUCGAUCAUCAUCCUCCCAGCGAGCCUGACGAUCCGCUCGGGCUGAUGUUGGACCAUUCUUAUGAUCUGAUCGCGGGUUGCCGCAAACGACGGCACCGGUGCGAUCCGCUCGCCACCCAGCGGCGCAAGUCGAAGAAGCAGUUCCUCACCCUCCGCCAGGGCGACUUUGACGAAGACCAUUCCGACUACGGUGGCGACGACUACCUGAGCAGUGAGCUGCUGUUCGACUACAUGGACGAUCCGUUCAGCGAGGAGACGCUGCUGGGACCGGUGCCGACGCGAAACCAGCGCCAACACCGUAGCCACCACCGGAGGCGCCGAAAGUCGGGCAGCGCACUGCUGCUACAAUCCGAUCUCAGGCUGGAGCAACACCUGCGGGACCACCAGUAUCACCAGGCCCAGUAUCAGGUGCCGCACCUGGUCGAGCCGAAACAGGAGCAGUGCGACUCAAUCAUUCCGCAGGCCAGCGCCCGGCUGAAGUCGCUCCUCGAGCGGCUGGAUGGUGAGCUGCAGUCAGCCCGUUGGUUGGACACGACGCCGGUUCGGUUAGCGGUAAACCCAGCCCUCAUUGAACCUUCCGACUUUGACUGUGUGCUGUGCUGCCGGACGCUGUGGCGUCCGGUGGUGACACCGUGCGGUCACACCUACUGCUGGGUCUGUCUCGAUCGGUGCAUGGACUACUCAUCCUCCUGUCCGCUCUGUAUGGCGCCGCUGGUCGAGCAGUUUCGCAACCAUCUGCCCGGCAGUGCUGCGACUCCACCGGAAGCAGCUGCACCGGGCCCUGCCAGCCCGUCCACCAACCUGAUCUCACUGGCGAAGCGGAAGAUGACGCGCUUCGUCGAUCUCGCCAUGCAACGCUUCAUCCCGGAGGCGUACGAGCGGCGCCAGCAGCAGGAGCAGGACCGCGAACCGACCGUACCGGUGUUCAUCUGCACCACCGCAUUCCCCUCCGUGCCGUGCCCGCUGUUCGUGUACGAGCAGCGCUACCGGUUGAUGGUGCGCCGGGCAAUCGAGAGCGGCGAGCGGCGGUUCGGCAUCGCCCUGCCGGCCCAGAACGGGCGCCAGCGGUACGUCGAGUACGGCACGAUGCUGGACAUCCGGGACUGCGUGCAGCUGGGCGACGGGUGCUCCAUCCUCUCGACGGUCGGGGGCCGCCGGUUUCGGGUGCUGACGCGCCACGAGCGGGACGGGUACGAUACGGCGCACGUCGAGUUUUUCGAGGACGAAAAAAUACACGGCGGCAGCACGGAGGCGGACGAGCGGCUGCAGCUGGUGCGCGAUCUGCACGAGAAGGUGCUGCUGAAGGCGAUCGAGUGGCACCAGAGCCUGCCGGAGAGCAUACGGUGCGAGAUUUUUAAAAGCUUCGGCAAGAUGCCGGACCUGGAGGAGAACUGGGAAGAUGUGACGGACGGGCCGGCGUGGGCCUGGUGGAUCAUUGCGAUCUUGCCACUGAACGAUAAGCUCAAGGUUGACAUCCUUUCGACGACGAGUCUGAAGAAGCGGCUGCGUGCCAUCGACAAAACGCUCAACCUCGAGUCGGCACAGCAGAAGCGCCAGCGCUCCGUGUGCGUCAUGGCCGGCGCGUCGUCCGCGUGCUGCGAAGGACUAUCAUCGACGCAACAGUGCCAAGCGAUCGACUGUUGCCUGCGAGAAAGAACUACCUCAAGCGUUCAUAAUCACCACCAUCACCCUCAUCACGAUAGCGACCGGCAGAGCGACUCCACGCAGCACCAGCAUCUUCACCACCACCAUCAUCACCAUCACCAUCAUCAUCAUCACCAUUUGAGCACGUCGACGGACGAGUAUCUGCUGUAAGGGCCGGGCAGGAGAGCCGAAGUCGAGCAGAAGCAUACUUCCACUGCAAACACGCCAAAAGUGUAGUGCGUCGCCGUAUCGCACAAGGACCGAGCUGAACCGCACAGUCGGCAGAAGCUCACGGAGAGUCCAGUUUUGUAUCUCGUACUAGCUAAACAACAGAAAAAACUCUUUCCUAAUCAAUCGAUAAACACUGAAACCGAUGGAUCAAUAG